UUUUAAAACGCACCCGCGCACGGUCCAGUAUGCUGAUCGCUUUAUCAUGAAUCUACUCCGCGCUAGCAACCUGGAUGGAAGGCUUCAUCAAUUCCUCGUCUUCCAUGCUUUUUCUCGUGCGAGGCCCCCCCUAUCCUCCCAAGCAUUCCCAUCCGUCAUCUAUCAUGCUAGACGGUGCUUUGCACAAAUAAAUGGCAACCAAGUGCGAGUGGGAAAUGUGUUGGAAUACAAAGGGAAGCUUGUCAUGGUGAAAAGGGCUCAAGCUGUCAAGCCAGGCAAGGGUGGCGCGUUCAAUCAGGUCGAAUUGAGGGACAUCAGGACAGGCCUCAAGUACCACGAGCGGCUACGAGCGUCGGAGAGUGUUGAAAAAGUCAGGCUAGACGAUGAGGAGCUUUACGAUUACCUUUACGAGGAAGGGGAUAAACUGGUACUCAUGAACAAGCAAGACUUCACACAGAUAGAGGUAUCCCGCAAUGUGCUCUCGGAAACGGAGCAAAAAUUUUUGCAGGAGGGCCUGACACUUCGCGUCCAGUUUCAUGAAGGAUCUCCCCUUUUGGUACGGCUGCCAAGGACGCUGGUGGUUGAGGUAGCGAGCACGGAGCCCUUUAGCAAGGGAAGCCAGGCCAGCCCCACGUUUAAGCCUGCCACGCUGAGCAAUGGAGAAGUCUUGAAGGUCCCGCCCUUUGUGGGGGUCGGUGAGAAGGUGAUAAUUAAUACCGAGGAAAUGGAGUACCAAUCGAGGGUGUGAUGGACCCGGGGCCAUGCUCCACCGGAGAUGCCGGCUGACUCGUGAGGAUGUGGGAAC